AAAUAAUGUUUUAUGUCGCAGAAAAACGACGUUCAGUGAAUGCUCACGCGAUUCCAAGGCCGCGAUGUAAACACAUGAUCGCCGACGACUAUUAUUUUAGAAAAUCUCGCGAGACGGCAUCGAGCGGAAGCGACUCGCUCGCAAAAAAGUACUUAAUAUCCGUUAUAUUACAUCGCGUUCACGUGGAAUGGAAACCAAACGAUUAUGAUAUUGUCGUCAACGAGCGUCGUCUGAUCCGAACCGGACCGUCGAUGUCGCGGACCGCGAACACCUGCACCGGUGGAGGCGGUGGACGAUGGCGCCAUCGUCGUGGAAGGUCGAAAUCGCCGUGUUUCUCGCCGUCAACACGUCGUUCCUGGUGCUGUUCGACGCGUUUUCCGCGGACCGAAACACCAGCGGGCGGAGCGCACCGAUGCGUCCCGGACCGUCGCGUCUCGACGACGGCCGGCAACGGCUGAUGAACCUGAACGGUUUCGAGUACGUCGUCGACAGCGGCGCGUGCGACGGACCGCGACGCCUCACGCCCGUCCUGGUGCACAGCCACGUCGAUCACUUCGAACGCCGUCGGGCCAUUCGGCAGUCCUACCGUCGGACCGAGCUCGACCGGCUCGGAUUCCGUCACGUGUUCAUGGUCGGCUUGCCGUCGUCGGGCGACGUCGCCACAGACCGAGUCACGCAGGAGCGGCUGUUCCGGGAAUCGUCCAGGCACGGGGACGUGGUGCAGGGCAACUUCCGGGAAGCGUACAGGAACCUGACGUACAAGCACGCGAUGGGCCUGACGUGGUUCGCGGCACGGUGCCCGCGGUCCGACCACGUGGUCAAGAUGGACGACGACAUAGCGGUGAACUUGUACAAGCUGCACGACGUGCUGGGUCGGGCCGACAACCGCGACCUGGCCGGGUGCGUGAUCGUCGCCAAACCGAUACGGGACGAGAGCAACAAGUGGUACGUGAGCCGAGCGGAAUUCGCGGGCGACUCGUACCCGCCGUUCCUGUCCGGUUGGCUUUACGCGGCCAAGGCGGUGUCCGUCGGACGUCUGCUGAGGGCGAUAGAGGUGCGCGAGAGAUACUUCUGGAUCGACGACCUGUACGUGACGGGCAUACUCGCCGAACGCGCGGGACUCGAGCUCACCGACCUGAGGCCCGACUUCGAGACCGACCCCGGACCGGUACACUGUUGCGUGCUCAAACGACAGCGGUGCGACUUUCUGGCUGCACCCACUGGCGACGAUUGGACGCUGCUCCAGCGAUACGCCGAACAGCUGACCCGUUGUAAGGCCACCAACUCUUCCUGUGAUCUAUUUCGGAAAUCGAAACGCCAUCAUAGCUGUUUGGACUUGUGGAAGAAAAAGAAACCACUAGACGCGGCUGCAGCGGACCGCAUAGGGAAACCGUCCAUAGAAAUAUUGGAUUGGAAUUAAAAGUCUUCGUCAAUAGACUUAAACUACACGUGACAUUUGACUUUAUAAUGAUAAUAAUAAUUUGUUCAUUGCUGUAAUAUAUUAAGUUUGUUUUACUUUAUAGUA